AUGGUCCCACUCGAACAGGUAUUCGUGGAGAUCAAAGACCAAAGGUUGCUCAAAUGGCCAGAAAGGAUGAAAGCACCUCCAAGUAAAAGAGGCAAAGGGCGAUAUUGCCCUUUCCAUCUAGACCACAGUCAUGCUACUCAGGAUUGCUUCGAUCUCAAAGAAGAAGUGGAAGGGCUCAUCCAGAGAGGAUAUCUCAAAGAGUAUGUGAAGGAUCCUAAAGCGACUCAAAACAAAAGAGAAAGGCAAGCGUACAAGAUCUACCAUGCAUUUGUUGAAGAACAACCGACAAAAAUCGAGUUCUUAGAGGAUGAGGUGACUCACAUCUUCCACCCACAUAACGAUGCACUAGUCAUCAAUCUGAAAAUAGCCAAUGCAAAGGUACACUGGAUCUUGGUAGAUGGGGGUAGCUCGCCAGAUAUCAUCUCCUUGACAGCUUACAAAACCAUGGAUCUAGGAGAAAGAGGGCUUAAAAGUAGCCCGGCACCACUAGUAGGGUUUGGAGGAGAAUGGGUCAUUCCUGAAGGGAGAAUAGAAUUGCCGGUGACAUUCGGAAGCGGGCCAAAAAGCAUCACUAAAAUGGUAGACUUUUUGGUCGUCGACUAUGCAUCUUCCUGUAAUGCGAUAUUAGGAAGACCAACAAUGCACAUGCUCAAAGCAAUACCAUCCAGAUACCACCAGUCUAUUAAAUUCCCAACACCUGGUGGAAUAGGUGAGAUCAAAGGAGAGCAACGGGUAUCACGUGAGUGCUACUAUGCUUCUAUGAAGGGCAACGACAAGGCUUCUACUGCGGGUGACCAUUGA